AUGUCUGCUUUGGAAAUACUUCAAACCACAUUAUACAAACUCUGUGCAGAAUUUUUUGAGACAGAAAUAAGCACGGAAGAUAUUGUAUUCUCGACACACUCCAUAUUCAUCGCAUUUAUGAUGAUUUACAUUGGGUCAAAGGAAAACACAAAGAAGCAACUUGAAAAGGUUUUUGGGUUUGAUAGAGUUGAUGUGUUAGAAACAUACAAAGUGAUCUCUCAUAUGAACACAAAAGAAAAUGAAACAUCGAAAUGUAACAUAUUCAAUUCGGUGUGGAUGCAACAAAACGUUCUUUUGAAGGACAACUACUUAGAAACUCUUCAACAAUUAGAGGCGACAAUUUACAAAGCAGAUUUCGCAGGAAAUUUCGAGGGAGUGAGAAAGGAAAUCAAUGAAGUUGUUCGAGAAAAGACAGGUAACUUGAUUUUAGACAUGUUAGCGCCUGGAAGUGUGUCACGAGAAACAAUUUCUGUUCUAGUGAAUACCAUUUAUUUCAGAGGACAAUGGGAGACCGAGUUCAACACGGUUGAUAUAGACUUUGAAAAGGUUGGCACAGUGAGUGGAAUAAGUGUUGAAAAAGCGUUGCAGUGUGUGACAACAAACGAUGAGACUACUCUAAGAAUACCAUACGACAACAAUUACUCAAUGAUAAUUGUGAUGCCAAACAACAUGACCAAUUUUGUUAAGAACAAAAAACACAACAAACUGCACACAUAUGUCAAUGACCUUUGUUAUUCUUUUAAAGAAAAGACGAUUUUAAAGAUGCCAAAAUUCUCAAUAAAUUGGGGUGGGUCGAUAUCAAAGAAUUUGCAAACGCUUGGAAUAACUGACGCUUUUGAUGCACACGCAAAUUUCAGUGGCAUUACAGAUGUCCCAAUUUAUGUCUCAGACGUAAUUCAUAAAGCGAAAAUACGGGUUGACGAGAAAGGUACAGUAGCUGCUGCUUCGACUGCAAUACUCAUGAACAAACGAAUGGCAAUCGAUAGAGAACAGCGUCGAGUAAUUAUCAACAAACCAUUCUUCUUUAUAUUAGUCGAUUCCAAGUCGUUACCAUUGUUCUUUGGGAAGUGUACACACCCACACUUUGAUAAAGAAUAA